AUGUGGAGAUUGACGCAACGUUGUUGUUGCUGCUCUUCUCGGCUUAUACCGGACCCCUCUUUAGUAUCUCUUCCCGCCGGAGUGGGUUGCGUAAACGUGUACCGUAACGCUGUUAGCAGUCGUGAUGAGGGGCGCAUUUGGGAUGAACUUAAUCUUAUACUAGAACGUGAAGGACAGAAGGCGUUCUCAGAGUUGUCAUCCCCGCAAAACAAAAUUGUAAAGCACACAUAUCUAGAGAUGCACGGAGAGCAGCAGUUCACUGAAGUUAAGAGUUGGCAGCGGAAAGAAGUACGGCGACUCCCAGGUCUCGUUUGGUCAGAGACGCUUAUGUCGUCGCUGCGUGAUUUAGCGCCAGUGCUUCUGGGUGUUAUGCCAGACACAGCACGGGUAGUGGAGCACAAUAUCCCAGGUUAUGAGAUGCAUAUAGAGCACCCAACAGUUGGAUGCUGUUUUCUGUAUCUAUCGUUACUCUCCGACACUGUGCUAUCAUUUGAUGAUGAGGCAACUGGGCGCUGCGGACAAGUGUUGCUACCGCAACGGUCAUUAAUGUGUUGUUCAGGUGAACUGCGUUGGGGGUGGCGAUUUGGUGAACAACCAAAGAGUAAACAUACUUUUGUUAGUCCAUCAGGUGUACGCCGGGUAGUGGAGCCGGAUUUACGGCUUAGCGUGCAAUUAUGGAAGUUCACACCACAAUUAUUAGACGCAAGGAUGUUGCAAGACCGUGUUGAGCAAUCAAUUCGACAUAUGGAAGAGAAAACAAAGAAUGAAACAUCAAAUAUACAUGAAACAAAUUUUUCAGCUGAAGUAGAGGUAAAGGAAGAAACCUCUAUCUCACCACAGAUGGACAUCACGGCGGUAUCGUCUCAAGAAACGACCGGGAUGGGUCCACUUGGUGGUGAUUACGUGACUGGCGGAGGUGGGGUACCAUCACUGCACAAAAGCAAUUCAAAGACCACUAUGAACACUAUUGAAAAUGACUACAACAGUUAUAAAAAACAAUUUCAUAACGUACAUUCUGUUCUGAAGGAGAUGAAAGCACUGCAGGAUACUGGUCAACCAAUUAAUGAUAUGUGGUUAAAGCAAAAGGUACUUGGUGGUCAAAAGGAUAUUCAGGAUGACACCAAUGACGGCUUUGAUGCGGGUGAUGUGGAAGGAACAUGGGACCGUGUAGAUGCGAAGGCACGUUUCUAUAAGGCGCGACUAAAGGGCAUGGAUUAUGAUGGCAAUGCCAACCUUGAGCGAGUGAUGCCCGAUGUGACUGAAGAUGCUCCACUUGAUAUGAAAAAAACGAUUCGGAAGAUUGCUCCACUUGUAAAGGAUGGAGAGAAAAUCUUGGCAAACUUCCCUGGAAGGCAGUAG